AUGCAUUUACAUCGGUGGAUUAGGCACAUUCUAGUCGUUUUAGUUUUACUGUCCCACGUGUCACUCGGGAGUUCGUACAGAAUCCUCAGGGAUUUCGAGAGCCCGGGUGGCUGUUCCUUCGUCAAAUGCAAGAGAAAUGAGCGGUGUGUCAACAGAAAAUUUUUAUGCGAACGUUACCCAUGUCCCAGUAUGUUGUACUGUGCAAAAACCCGUACAGAAUUACUCCGAGGACCCGUCUCCUGCGACACCGUCAGGUGCACCAAGGGACACGUCUGCGUUAUUAGAGUGCGUCACUGCAGUUGGAAUGAGUCCUGUGGAGAUAGAGUCGCACGAUGCGUUACUGAGCAGGAGUAUUACGAUGGUCCAGCUACGUGCGCUGGGUUUCAUUGUGCCUCGGGUCAACGCUGUAUCCUCAGGGAAUCACUCUGCACUCGACCUCCCUGCAAAUUAUUCAAGAGUUGUGCUAAUACCCAAGAAGUCCACGUGUGGAUGGACAGAUGCAAAUCCCUGGGCUGUGUAUCGCAGUUUGAAUGCUUCCUCCGGCGACCUCGCGAAAAUUGUCGACCUCCGCAUUGUCAACACACACCCGAUUGCAUAGCAACGACUGAGAAGGAAUUGCUCGCAAGUGAAAAGUGUAACGGUUGGGUAUGCCCGAAAGGUCAACAAUGCGCUUAUCAAGUUCAAAGCCCCUGCACAAGCGACAACUGUAGGAUUACUCGGUCGUGUCAUGGUCGACCGAGUCCAAUGAAUGAUUCAUCAAUGCCAACCGCCCAUUAUCGGCAAAUGGAAAAAAUGAGGUUCUUCGAUCCGAGUGCACAACGUCCACUCCCAUCAGCUCCCUGGAUGGAUAAUUUUCGUGCCAGGAGCAAUGCACAAGCUGUUAAAUACCUCGUGAAAGAGACCAGAGACGAGUUACCGUACAAUGACACGGAAUUUCACCAGUGGCUAAACUCCGUGAAGGACAUUCUCGGCCAAAAGGCGUAUAAUCUCUGGCUGGAGGAGAUACGAACAAUUACGAUUCACAACAAGCCUUUUCACGACUGGUUCCGAACUCUAAAUCCACGAAAUACUACUGUAGGGAUUACACAACAGGAGAAACCGUUUUGGAAUAUUUUGAGGCGGAAUGAUUAUCAUCCGAGUCAUGAAAGACUUUCAGAGAACAAUGAGUUUGAUGUUAGAGAUGGGAAUCGGUAUAGAAAUGUUUUCACUGGUGACAGGAGACAAAUGGAAUUGAAUCAAUUGUUGAGUAAAUUGAGGGAAGGACGGCACUUGUAUUUGAAUGUUAUCAACAAGACAAACGAAUUAGUAUCAACCGUAGAACAACUCCUGCCAUCAUUCCACCUUGAUCAAGGGGUGAAAGACGUACAAAGACUUCCGGAGGCUAGGAAGUCCUUGGAGGAGUCCCCGGACACUACAAGUACUGACCAAAAUACAACCCCAAACCCAAGUCCAAAAACCGAGGAUUAUCAAACGGGUGAUUAUUCAGACGACAAUGAUAAUGAUUUUGUCCUCGUGGAUUAUGGUGAGGGUGGGCAGAUUGAAGUCAAUGAAACUAUUCCCAGAGUCAUCAUCAGGGUGGAGAACAACAUGCAUCAGCCAAUAAAAAUUGGCAACAUUCAUUUGCAAUACGAAGAAAAUGAAGAUCACACAGAAAAUCAGAACCAGACCCGAUCAGUGUACGAGCAGAACGACUACGACGUCGACGAGUUCCAGUACUUCAGACCGCCAGUCCCAAAAAACAAUACAAAAACGAAUACACAUCCGUGAGAUUGUCUGUUAUACCCAACGUAAAUUCACGACGUGCGUUAGAAACGCCUUUGUAAAUUUCCGGAAAGUCCGAGAGAACUGUAAAAAGUGGAAAGAUAAACAGCAUUACAAUGCGUCCACUCUGGCAAUUUUUUUGAGAAAAGAAUUCGGGCCAAUUAGAGUCAAGACUGUGGUACGAUGUCUAACUGGGUUGAAAUAAUCAUCGCUGGAAUUUUUCUGCAAUAGUUACCUACAAUUAAUCUCCACAUUUAUUGGCAGCAUUAAUUACUCUGAGUGGAAUUGGAAAGGACAGGAUUAUUCAUUCUUAUGGGAUCAGCAAUUUUUUUUAUACUUGCGAGAUAACACUGGAAACAUAUCAUAAUAAAUGUUUUUUAUUUAUGUACGGAGCGAUAACUCACUGUAAAUUCUUUCUGGUUUAUGGAAGCCUUCAGUAGCCAAGUGGUGAAACGAGCGCAGAACUGGAUAAUUCUGCACAUUUUUCCCUAAAUCCACUCUUUCGCGAUAAUUAUCCAAUGAACAGAAGUACUUCUGUGCACUGAGAAAAAAAAUUGAAUAUCUGAAAGACAUUUACUUGAGACAAGUAAUUUUGCUCGUUCGCUCAAUUAUCAAAGGCGUCUAAACUCAGGUGGAUCGAGAAAAGUCUGAUGAUAUUUAAGUCUGAGAUAUUUUAUAUUCUUGUACUCAAGUAUGAUUUUGUCGCAAUUGUCAAUCCUCCAGUGUUUAUUGUUUUCAUGAUUUUUUUAUGUACUUCUAAUGGUUCGAUAUACACUAUUAGAAAAAAUAUGAAAUUCCAUGGACAGUUGAUUAGGAAUUUUGAGGACAGUGCCACUGAAUGCAAUUUAAG